AUGGCGUACGAUUACCACUCACCACUCGAAAACGCGGACGAAGAGCUGGUAAAGUUCAAGAACCCGUACCUCAAAAGCAUGAGAGAUCAGAGCAUCUGUACCAUCUGGCACACCGACGCGCCUACAGAUUACAUACACAGCGCCACCACUUUCCUCGAAGCCGAAUACGCAAAUCCCGAUUCGCCCAUUCACCAAGACCCUCCACUACCUACCCUACCGAACCCCGACGACAACUCACUCAGACCCCUCAAGACCGACGACGACGUCUUCGACGCUGCUCGCAUAUGGCUAAAAUGUCCCCUCGAUCACGCCAUCGUGAUGAAAUAUCCUACUCAACUGGCGCAACGCAACGGUCGGGUGUCACUCUAUUAUGAGAAGUUCAUGGGGACACACCAACCGAGAUUGCUCAUGACUGUUAAGUGGUUGUGUCCAAAUACACUGGCUGGUAUCGUUGAAGGCGACACGAUCGAUCGGUAG